UCGGAGCUGCGGCGCGAUGGCGGCGUCCGCUGGAGGGAGCCCGGCCCCGGCAGUGGAGGCGCCGGCGCCCCAGCUGGAGGCGCCCACCGUGGAGCCCGGCUCGGUGAGCGCGGAGCGGGGGGCGAGGGGAGACAACAGAGCUGGUCGUCUCUCAUUCUGUACUAAAGUGUGCUACGGCGUUGGCGGGGUCCCCAACCAGGUGGCCUCCAGCGCCACAGCCUUCUACCUGCAGCUCUUCCUGCUAGACGUGGCACAGAUCCCUGCUGCCCAGGUGUCACUUGUCCUGUUUGGAGGGAAGGUGUCUGGGGCAGCUGCCGACCCCGUGGCUGGGUUCUUCAUCAACAGAAGCAGGAGGACAGGGUCUGGACGACUCAUGCCCUGGGUCCUGGGCUGCACGCCCUUAGUUGCCUUGGCCUACUUCUUCCUGUGGUUCCUGCCCCCCUUCACCAGCCUGCGAGGCCUCUGGUACACGACCUCCUACUGCCUGUUCCAGGCCCUGGCAACGUUCUUCCAGGUGCCCUACACGGCGCUCACCAUGCUGCUGACCCCCAGCCCGAGGGAGCGGGACUCGGCCACCGCGUACCGGAUGACCAUGGAGAUGGCGGGGACGCUGAUGGGAGCCGCCGCCCACGGACUCAUCGUGUCGGGCGCCCACGGGCCCCACAGGUGCGAGGACGCCGCGCUCCCCGGGCCGGUCGCCGUCUCCCCCGACGCGACUCGUCUCUACUCCAUUGCAGCCGCCGUGGUUGCUCUGACUUACCCCGUGUGCAGUAGUUUGCUCUACCUGGGCGUGAAGGAGCGACCAGACCCCUCCUCCCCCGCCUCCGGCCAGGGCCUGGGCUUCCUGGCUGGGCUGGGCCUCACUGUCCGGCACCCACCCUACCUGAAGCUGGUGAUCUCUUUCCUGUUCAUCUCGGCAGCCGUUCAGGUGGAGCAGAGCUACCUGGUCCUGUUCUGUACACACGCCUCCCGGCUACACGACCACGUCCAGGGCCUGGUGCUAACCAUCCUGGUCUCGGCUGUGGUGAGCACCCCAUUGUGGGAGUGGGUUCUGCAGCGAUUUGGGAAGAGGAUGUCAGCCUUCGGGAUCUGUGUGAUGGUGCCUUUUGCAAUCCUGUUGGCCGCUGUGCCCACAGCACCCGUAGCAUACGUCGUGGCCUUUGGAUCUGGCGUGAGCAUUGCUGUAUCCUUGCUGCUACCCUGGUCCAUGCUUCCAGAUGUGGUGGAUGACUUCCAGCUGCAGCACCAGCAUGGGCCAGGCCUGGAGACCAUCUUCUACUCAUCCUAUGUCUUCUUUACCAAGCUUUCAGGCGCAGGCGCCCUGGGCAUCUCCACUCUCAGUCUGGAGUUCGCGGGGUAUGAGGCAGGAGCCUGCAAACAGGCGGAGCAGGUGGUGGUGACCCUCAAGGUCCUCAUUGGUGCUGUGCCCACCUGCAUGAUCCUCACUGGUCUCUGCAUCCUCAUGGUCGGCGCCACUCUAAAGGAGCCAAGCCAGGACACUUCUCGCCCACUGAGCCUUCGGAGGCUCCUCAUCUACUUGCAUGACCCCGAGCACCUCUUGUGCCUGGUGACUCAUAAAGCUGCCCCUCCCCACCACACUUCCUUCAAGUUCCAGAUCUACAUGUCUGGCUCUCAUAUGGACAUCUCCACCUGA